AUUAAAAGACAUGAUGAUAGCCUAUCGCUGUAUGGUAAAAUAAGCAAAAAAGAUAAUUCUAAGAACUGAUUUCUCAAGUGAAUAUGAGCGAAGAGAAAUCCAAUAGUAGAAUAAGCGAAAAAAGUUCAGAUAUAUCCCAGAGAAGCGUUUUAAUUCCGGCUAAUAACCCCCAAAGAAUCGAAGAUGUCGAGACCUCCACACAAACGACAACUGUCGGAGUCUUCCCUGGACGUCCACAUACCUUCGUACCCUGGAUCCAUAAGGUCUGUGAAAAUAGCUUCGGAGACUUCCCUUGACGAGAAACAUCGUGAUAAGAGUUUGAGGGAGGCAGUGGACUUCCUUCAUCGGGAUCAUGAGUUUCUGAUCGCUGCUGAGACUGGUAACGAUCGGAUUCUUGAAGUCGUAAUGAGAACUGGAAUCGACAUUCAAGCGAUGGACCACCUCGGCAGAAACGCGUUACACCUUGCAGUCUGCGCGAACUGCUUUCGCGCUAUCAUUUUACUUCUGGACGCGGGGGUCAACACAAACGUCAAGGAUAACCUUGGCAUGACUCCUCUUUCCCUUUGCUUGAUGAGAAGGCCGUCCCUGCGAGUGGCUAAUCUUCUAUUUGACUAUGGGGCUAAAAUAAUGCCACGUACCGAUCCUAUGGACACUGGUUUAUUUAUACAAUUCGUCAUGAUGUGCGUACCCACCCCAGAGGAAGAAAGGAUAUUGUUCCUGCUUGUCGAGAAAGGUGCGAUUGUGAACGACUCGGAGGCACCCGGCGGUCGGCAAGCCCUACACUUUGCAGCCAUGAGCAAUAAUUGCAGGCUCAUCAACAUUCUAGUAGAACUAGGAGCCAAUCUUUACUUGUUGAACCACAGAAGCCAAACACCGGCGGAAGUCGCUAGAACUUUCAGAUGCAGAGAGGCUCAAGCGCUUCUAGAAGCACUAGAAUUGGAGCCUGAAUCUAGCAUUACAACUUUUACUACGAUUACAACGUUUAUUGAUUAG